AUGCUUGGCCUGGUCGCUCGGACCAGCUCCUUGUCGCGGGCCCGUUGGCAUCGUUCGGUCUCGUCUUUGGUUCCAACGAAAUCGAUCUACGUCUCGGAAUCUUCCAACCCUUACUUCAAUCUGACACUGGAAGAUUGGCUAUUCAGACAUAAACCGCACAAGGAACCUCUUCUACUUCUUUACCGCGACGAGCCAUGCGUCGUAAUAGGGCGUAAUCAAAAUCCAUGGAAAGAGAUCAAUCUGCCUGCUCUCAAUGCUGCCGGAAUACCGUUCAUUCGACGACGCAGCGGAGGAGGAACUGUUUAUCAUGAUAUGGGCAACACCAACUUCUCCAUCCAUCUGCCACGGUCCUCCUUCGACCGGGACAUGACUUCUCAAGUCAUCCUCAAUGCUGUUCGCUCGCUCGGAAUCAAUGCAUUCGUGAACGCGAGGAAUGACCUCUGCGUGGGCGAAAAUAAGAUGAGCUUCUCGCUUACUCGACCUUUCAUGCACGUCUCAGGUUCAGCCUACAAGAUAGUGAAUAACCGGGCAUACCACCAUGGCACCAUGCUUCUGACCACCCGGCUUGACACAUUGGGUGAUUUACUUCGGUCAAACAAAAUGUUCAUGUUAGGUUUCCAGGAAACGAUGGUCACUAAAGGGGUAGCCUCUGUGCGUUCACCCGUGUGCAACCUGAGUCAGUUCAAGCCAAGCAUCGACCAUUCCAUGUUUGUAAACGCCGUAAUCAAAUCAUUCCGGGGAGAGUAUGACAUUGACGUGGACGACGAGACCGUGUACGUCUCGGAGGCUCCGGAAACGCACAGUAUCCCGUACAUCAAAUCCGGGAUGGAAGAAUUACGGACAUGGGACUGGGCAUACGGCCAGACUCCGGAGUUCACCUACUCCCUGGAGUUUCCAUUUCCCUGGGGCAAAGUUCAAUCCGACAUUCACUCAAAGCACGGCAUAAUUCUGGAUUGUACCUUCAGCGUCAUCCAGGACAGCACGGCAAAGCACGCUCUCGGAAACCAUGAAUUUCAGCAGGAAAUCAUGGACCUGCAGCAGCUGGGUAACGCUCUAAAGUCGAAAAAAUACGGUUUCGUCGACGAUUCCGCAUUCCCGCAGAGUCUGCGAGACCGGCGAUACGGACUUUGGCACACCAUCUGGCAGUCAAUGAAAGCUGCAAUGAGUAGCUAG